AUGGUAAUAGGAAUGAGUUGUUCGAUCUAUCACCUAAAUACGGGGCAUCUAUCUAUAUUAGAUGCUAUAAAUAAUACAUGGGAUAAUGAUCUGACAGUGAUGCUACCGGCAUAUUAUGCCACAAACUGUACAGUAACCGAUAUGAUUACAUUUCUUAACCAAACGUUGGACCCAUAUUUUAUGGAUUUUAAUUACUUCCCAUACAAUAAAAGAGAUAAUGGAGAUACAUUAGUGGCACUACUAUUUGUGCUAUGUGGUUCAUGUGUUUCAAUGUGGAUGUUGUCACUACUAUUAUAUGUAUCACCCAAGUAUAAGAGAAAACCAAUAUUGACACAACUAGCAACGUUGUUUUAUGCUAUUGUCACAUCGUAUCUGCUCAGUAAAGUCACAGAAACUGCGGCAGACCAGUACUAUAGAGAUGUUUUGGAUAUUAUUCAACUACAUUCUACUUUAUAUAAUAGAGUAGAAUAUAGAGUGUUGAUUAUAAUUCAACAAGUGUUCACCAUGCUGGCAUGGUUUCAAAUCAUUGUUAAGAUAGCUAAACAACGAUACAAACGAAUAAUAGGAAUGUUCACCUUGUUAUUGAUGGCUGCUUAUAUUGCCUGUAGCAUAUACUAUCAAGCCUCAUGUAACACGCAUGGGAGCAUCGACGUUGGAGCAGACUCGACAGAAUAUCAUAAAUGGAAUACCAUUAGAUUUGCAACUAACCUUGUGAUUGUGGUUUGGUUUGGUGGGAAUGUAUUGUAUUACACCACAGUAAUUAAGAACCCGAGAAAAAUUUGUUAUAGCAAGAAGCUACUUCCAUUAGGUAUGUUUAAUUGGUUUUUGAUACUAUUACAUAUGGUUUUGAAUAUCUUGCAUGUAAGUCUAUUCAAAAACAACUGGUUAAUCAGGACAUGGAUGGUGUUGAUACCGUAUUUAAUUGAAUUGAUUUUAAUUACGACAAUAUGGGAGUGGAUUUUCAAUAUUUGGAUAUUGGAAAAGAGAUUUGAGCUUAUGGGUGUACUUGGAAGAAGAAUAAGUAUCGAUGACGUUUUGAGUAUUCAACUGAAUAGGAGUGAAGGAAAUAGCCGUAAAAAGAAGUUUGAUAGAACCAAAGCUGGAGAACUGGCUUUAACGGAAAGAGAUAAAAUACAUCGUGCUUUUGGGAAUUUUAAAGAUUGGAUGAUGAAUAGGCCUAUGAGAUUUAACCAAAAUGUCGAAAGCAUGUCUGUCUCUGAUACAGAAGAUUCGAAGGAAAUGUUUACGUUCUCCAAUAGCUCAUCAAAUGAUAGUCCAGUGAAUAGAUUCAAACAACAACGACAGUUGCAACAACAGAAGCAACCAGUACUGCAUUUGCUGAUACACCUGCUGGGCCUGAGAAAUGGUUCAUCUGCUAGAGACGACCGAAUUCGAGAAGAAAAUGCUGAUGAAAUGAUUCCUUCCUCAUCGCACGCUUUUGUUAAUCAUACUCCUGUAGCUACAAAUGCAGAUUUAGGUAGAGCUGAGAAUGAUUUUGAAAUGACCAAUAUGGCUUCCAAUGAUAUGCACCAACAGGAAGAGUAUGAAGAUGAAUACGACGACGAGUAUGUUGAUGAUUAUGAACUAUGGGAUGAUGAAGAUGCUGACGAUAACGAAGUUACUCAAGAGGGUACUAAUAUUGCUCAAGAGGGAACCAGUGCUCCUCCUCCUCCUCCAAUAGACACCGAAGACGAUUCACAGCCACAAAUACCACCACCACCAUUCCAACCACAUCCUGGAUUCAACCCGGGAGAUUAUUGGAAUGAUAGGAAAGAAUAA